GGCUCGACAGCGGGCAUCGGGUCACCAGGUAUGACAGCGGGCACUGGGUCACCAGGCAUCAGGUCAUUUGGCUCGCCAGCGAGCACCGCGUCACCUGGCAAGGCAGUGGGCACCGAGUCACCAGGCACGACAGCGGGCUCUGAGUCAAUUGGCACGACAACGGGCACCGGGUCAUCAGGUACCGGAUUGUUUGGCUCGACAGCAGGCACCGGGUCAUCUGGCGCUGGAUCGUCUGGCUUGACAGCGGGCAUCAGGUCACCAGGCAUGACAGCGGGCACUGGGUCAUCAGGCAUUGGAUCGUCUGGCUCGACAGCGGGCAUCGGGUCACCAGGUAUGACAGCGGGCACCGGGUCAGCAGGUACCGGAUCGUCUGGAUCAACAGCGGGCAUCGAGUCAACUGGCCUAAUAGGAUCAUCAGGCUGGAUCAGCUGGGUAGAGGCAUCAGGCUGGGUAGAGGCAUCAGUC